CAGGAAAAGUGUUACGCGAGAAGUGCUCGAAUGUUUGUAACUAACAUAAACUCAAGGGAGAUCACUCUCAGUUCCGGUAAGGAAAUGGCUGACACACAAGAAGUUUUCAAUGGGAACAAAAUUCAACGAAGUUACAAACAACUUGUGGACGGCAUCGAUGAAGUAGUUAUAGGGUCAAUACUUGAUUACUUCUUUGCAAGUUCAAUCUUCAUUCCGGAGGAAGUGCAUACUGUUGAAGCAGAGCCAAUUAUAGAAAGAAAAAAUCGAUGUUUUCUCAAUUUCCUUCUUGAGAAAAUGAAACAUGAGGACAGAAGUAAUAUUUCUAGGAUAUUUGAUGAAUUUUUGAAGUGUCUGAGAGAAAGCGAAUUAGAUUCUUUGGCCACACUGGUGGAAGAAACUGACAAUUCACCGUUGGUAGACCUAGAAGUGGAUGCCAUUAUUGAUAGUACUAAAGAUUUAGAUCUAGACGAGAAAAUGCUUGCUCGUGUCUUAAUGCAUGUGGCUAGUGGUUGGGAAGCUGUAAUUAUCGAAUUAGGUCUUGAUUUUGUGAAAAUUACUGACGCUAAGGAAACUGAUAAUGAGUUCAUACAGAAGUUCAAAGUAUUUAAUACCUGGAGACAAGCAGACGGUCUCUUGCCUGGUGCAGUAGUAAAACUUUUGACAGCGCUCAGAGAAUUUCCAGAGAUUGUAAACUGGAGCAAAAUGAAGAACACUAUUGCCAUAGUUCACCGAGAAAUGGAAGCUGGUUCAAGUACGAGUCCUUCUUAGAAAUCUAAUGCAAAAUUCCGAUGGUCUUGUGCUUAUAUCACCUUGCAGAAACUCUUGAUAAUUGAGAAAUUUUCUUCACGUCGCUUCAUCAUUAUAUAUUUUGAUCGUCUUUGAUUUCCUUCCGUUCUUAAGCCUGUAUGAGGCUUAAUCCCUAAAUUUGUUUCAUUAAAAUUUUCGAUUAGCUUUGAUAUUAUUCCACACAGAAUCGUGGGUGGGACACAAUGAAUAAUAUUUACUGCGUAUUUGAUUUUGAGAAAAAAUAUUUAUUUUUAUACAAAAACCAUAUCAGCCGAGAAAUGACUUUCUUUAAGGCAUUAAAAACACGAUAACAUUCAGAACACUAUUCUCCAGAAUUACAUUUGAUAAAAGACUCAUACACAUCAAUGUCCAUCCUUAGAUAUCAGAAAUACCACAAAUAUUUAAGAUUUUUAGGUCAAACGAAUGAGAAGUUAUUGAAAUUAACUGUUACUCAUUUUGCCCCACUCGUGUUUUAUUUCAAAAAAAAUUUUUUGAAAAUUGAAAGUGAUCAAAUUAGAUAUGGGGAAUUGACUCAGAAUCCAACCGCGAAAAGAAUAUUGAUUUAUAAACACCAAAAAUUAACAAGAUAUUUUAUUAACGACCUCAAUUACAAUCACGUCAAAUUUGAGGAGAAAAGUUUUGGAAAGAAAAUUACUUGUCACCUGAUUAUGUUUUCAAAUUCUCUUAAAUUUCAGCAACACCAAUAAUGCUAACGAAGCUUCACUCCCGAAGAUGAAGCAAGAUGACAAAAUAAUGAUGGAGUACUCGAAAUGUAAUGAUUUAAAACAGGCAGGGAAAAAAAUAACAAGAAAUCAGAAAUUAUUCACUAUGCCCUGCCCCCUAUCUGCAUAAUAAGUGUGUAUUUUGUUUGUAUUUUAUUUAUCAUAACUACUGAUAAUUUCUAACAAUUUCUUACUUUUUAAUGCUGUCUAUUAUUGAUUAACUACCUGUCAUCUACAAUUUAAUUUUAAUUCAUAGUCCUUUCCUGAACGAUGAUUUUCAAUAAGCUGUGGUACUUUUGAUGUGAACCUGUUGGGAGUCCUUGAUCAAUUUUUUUUUUCUUUACUUAAAUAAUAAUAGUUCUGAUAUUGUUUUAUCAUUAGUACAUCAAAUAAAAUACCUUGUGGUAUUUAUUUCAGCUUUUUGCAUUUGUCAUCAUCAUCAUCAUCAUUUAACAGCCAUCUUCCAUGCUUGCAUGGAUAACCCCCAUCCUGAGAUCAACUUUCUUCUUUCAAACGUCAAUAAUGCACCAAUUUCUCUUCCUGUCUAAACAAUAGGAAAAGACUCAUUUCUGUACAGUAAAUAUAUUAUUUUUGUUAAUUUA